CAAAGACUCUUCCCACGAAUUCCAUAUAUCAUUCCUCUUCUUUCCUUAAAGCAAACAUUUUAUAUUCUUACACAUUUCACACACACACACACACUCAUUUAUAACACCUUCUCCUGCCUGCCUCUUUCUCUGGACAUUCAAAUUUCACACUUGACACGUUGGAUCAAUCGCCUUCCUUAUAUAUGGACAUGAUUAUCUCUUCAUCUGCGGCUUUGUUGAGUGCUCGUAAUGGAAUUACUAGCCAAGUUGGAUUGUUAUGGCAGCAAACUAAAGCUCCUUUGAUUGCGCCAUUGUUAAGAAUAUUGUUGUUUGUGUGUUUGGCCUUAUCGUUUAUGUUAUUUGUGGAGAGGCUUUAUAUGGGCAUUGUCAUUGCUUUUAUAAAGUUGUUAAGGAGAAAACCAGAGAAAAAUUACAAAUGGGAGCCAAUGAAAAAGGAUGAUUUGGAGUUGGGAAAUUCUUCUUAUCCUGUGGUUUUAGUGCAAAUACCAAUGUACAAUGAAAAAGAGGUUUAUCAGUUGUCAAUUGGAGCUGCCUGUAACCUUUCAUGGCCAGCAAAUAGAAUCUUUAUCCAAGUCCUUGAUGAUUCUACUGACCCUGCAAUUAAGGCUUUGGUGGAGAAGGAGUGCAGCAGAUGGGCAAGCAAAGGUAUUAACAUAAAGUAUGAGAUAAGAGACAAUAGGAAAGGGUAUAAAGCUGGGGCUCUCAAAGAAGGAAUGAAGCAUAGUUAUGUAAAGCUUUGUAGUCAUGUGGCCAUCUUUGAUGCUGAUUUUCAACCCGAGCCUGAUUUCUUGGAGCGCGCCAUUCCUUUUCUUGUACACAACCCUGAAAUUGGACUCGUUCAAGCUCGUUGGGAAUUUGUCAAUGCUGAUGAGUGUUUGAUGACAAGAAUGCAAGAAAUAUCACUUGGUUACCAUUUCACAGUGGAGCAAGAAGUUGGAUCUGCAAUCCAUGCAUUUUUUGGCUUCAAUGGCACUGCUGGAGUUUGGAGAAUGUCAGCUCUUAAUGAAGCAGGAGGAUGGAAAGACAGAACAACUGUAGAAGACAUGGAUUUGGCUGUCCGAGCCGGUCUCAAUGGCUGGAAAUUUGUCUAUGUUGGUAACCUUAAGGUGAAAAAUGAAUUGCCAAGCACUUUUAAGGCGUAUCGCUAUCAGCAGCAUAGAUGGUCUUGUGGACCUGCUAAUCUUUUCAGAAAAAUGGCAAUGGAAAUUGCAACUAAUAAGAAGGUCUCUGUAUGGAAGAAAUUUUAUCUGAUAUACAGCUUCUUCUUUGUCCGAAAGAUCAUUGCACACAUUGUGACGUUCAUCUUGUAUUGUGUUGUUAUGCCUGCAACCGUUUUCGUCCCUGAAGUCCAAGUGCCUAAAUGGGGAGCUAUUUAUAUUCCUUCAGCUAUUACUCUUCUCAAUGUACUUGGCUCUCCAAGAUCAAUGUACUUGGUGGUUUAUUGGAUCCUGUUUGAGAAUGUAAUGUCCCUCCAUCGGACAAAAGCAACGUUCAUCGGCCUGUUCGAGUCAGGAAGAGUCAAUGAAUGGAUUGUGACAGAGAAAUUGGGAGAUGCUCUCAAGACAAAAAUGGGAACAAAAGCACACAAAAAACUUCGUUUUCGAGUUGGAGAAAGGGUACAUCUUCUUGAUCUUUUUGUUGGACUGUACCUCUGGUUUUGCGGGUGGUACGACUUUUCUUUUGGGAAGAGUAGGUUCCACGUAUACCUGUUCCUCCAAGCUGCAGCAUUUUUCGUUGUUGGGUUUGGCUAUGUUGGUGUGUUUGUUCCCAAUUCGUAGUCUGAAAUUGAAAUUCUUUUUGGUAAAAAUUUAAGUUAUUUUGUAAAAUUAUGAUAAAUAGAUUGAAAUUCUUUUAUAUCGAUGUGUAUACGCAGCUAAGCGCAUGCUUUGAUUGUAAUGUUCUUUUUUGCUUUUUCAUGUAUUAGUCAAGGAGUAAGGCAGAAGAACUUAAGAAGUGAAAUACCAAAAGGGUUGCUGGGUUUAUAACCCAAAAAGAAUAGAGUAUAUGGUAAGCAUUUUAGGUCCCUUGUAAUAUGUUGUAAAACUCAUUGAAUAUGAAUAACCUGCAUAUUCAAAUAUCAGCACUAGAAGAAUCUGCAUUUUCAAAUAUGCUGACGACACCUUUCUCGCUUCAUCUUUUGAGACUUCUCAAUUACUCUGUGCAUUUUUUGUCUGAUUAAAUACAUGAAAAAUAAUUUCAACAGUACUGAAAUAACACCUUUGGAGCCACUAGAAUAACUUCAUUGAAGAAAUCAGAGGCUUUUAUGUCUAGCAAAAUGGUCAAAUGUCAUGAAAUCUAUAGAAACUGCUGGAGUCAAUGAAAACACCAGCUUAACAGACUUGAACACAUAUCUUCAGGUCAUCUAGUCCUUUCAGAAAGGUUGGUUCCUUCAAGUGAAAUUCUUACAGAAACAUAAAUAUGUUUGCCUUCACGUCACUAUACCGAAACAAAUAACGAAGUUAGGAUAAUUCUGUCACAUAUUUCAAGAGCAGAAAACCACUAGAACAAGAGUUGGUUGCCUUAUCCUUCACCAAUCCACUAGUAAACCUUAACCAUACAACCUUCUUUCCUCAAUCAUAAAGCCACUUCAAAAAUAUUUUAUGAACAGCACAUCUAUGUCCUUUCAUAUUCUAACAAGGUCAUCAAAAGUAGAAACAAUCAAAACAGUGGACCCUUAAAAACCUCUUUACCUAUCAAGAGAGGUAAAUAAGAUCCCUCCAAGCAAUUGUCAUAUGCACUUUUCCAAGUUACAACUGAUCUCCCACAAAAGGCUAAUGAGGAGAACUUGUGAAUUAGUUAAAUAAGCAUCAUAAGAGCAUAGCAACUAAGGUGAUUCUGAAAUUUGGGGCUGUCAAUGACUACUUCUUUUAGAGAAUAUCGGGAGCACAUAAAGGCCACACUAAAAGCAAACAAGAAGUACUAUGCCGCAACCCCAAGCAACUAUAUGAAUCCUCACUGUCUAUGUCGCUCUACCUACGAAAGACAAACAAAAUAAAAAAAAAAACUUUUGGGAGAAGUUUGCUCGAGAGAAGCUUAACUAGCCAACGGUUCCAUUUGAAUA